AAUUUUGCACUUAUUUCCACAACACUCCUCUUUUCUAAACAACCACCAUCCUCAACUCCUCGUACGUCCUCGUCGACAAACUUGCCGUGCUCAUCGUCUUAUUAUUUCUCUAGCUCAAUACUCAUCCUCAACUCAUAUAAUAAUGCCUGAAUCGCGUGAGGACUCUGUCUACCUCGCUAAGCUCGCUGAGCAGGCUGAGCGUUAUGAAGAAAUGGUUGAGAACAUGAAGCGAGUGGCGUCGUCUGACCAGGAGUUGACUGUCGAAGAGCGCAACCUUCUAUCUGUCGCAUACAAGAACGUCAUUGGUGCACGCCGUGCAUCGUGGCGCAUCGUCUCUUCGAUCGAGCAGAAGGAGGAGUCCAAGGGUAACGAGGCUCAAGUAGCCAUGAUUAAGGGUUACAGGGAGAAGAUCGAGGGCGAGCUCGCCAAAAUCUGCGAGGACAUCCUCGACGUCCUUGACAAGCACCUAAUCCCCUCCGCUGCUUCUGGCGAGUCGAAGGUGUUCUACCACAAGAUGAUGGGUGACUACCACCGUUACCUCGCAGAGUUUGCCACCGGCGACAAGCGCAAGGACAGCGCAGACAAGUCCUUGGGUGCCUACAAGGAUGCAUCGGAAGUUGCUGUCACUGAGCUACCGCCCACGCAUCCCAUCCGCCUUGGUCUUGCACUCAACUUCUCCGUGUUCUACUACGAGAUCCUGAACAGCCCCGACCGUGCCUGCCACCUUGCCAAGCAAGCCUUUGAUGACGCGAUUGCUGAGCUUGAUACUCUCUCGGAAGAGAGCUACAAGGAUUCGACCCUCAUCAUGCAACUAUUACGGGACAACCUCACCCUCUGGACUUCAGACAUGCAGGAUUCAGAGAAACCAGAUACAAAAGACGAGGCCGAGGCUGCAGGCGACGAUUAGAGGUUCGCCUUUGUCUUUUCUGAUCUUUAUAUCUGGUUACCCAGCUGCUAUCUCGCAUCGGUGCGACGUCCGAUAGUUUGGGUCCUUGACACUUCAUUUGCAUUUCCUCACCUCUCGCAUCGUCCUCAUUUUCGUAUGUUCCUUUAUUAUCCGUAGUCAUACUUGCGGCCUUGCCUUGUCACGUAGCCUCUAGGGGCAAACAAAGAUAUUAUGAAACUCCCUCUAUCAA